AUGAUUAGUAGAUUAGAAAUAUUACCAAAUGAAAUAUUUUUUAAUAUAUUUUCUCAUUUAUCAUGGAACGAAAUAUUAACAUCGUUUUGGUCAUUAAAUGAACGAUUUAAUUCUCUUGUUUGUUCAACUUUUUCAAUGAAUCAAACUGGAAUUAUUAUUGGUCAAACCAAUUUAUCUUAUAAAAUAUUUUUAACAAAACUAUUUCCAUUAAUUUCCAAUUGUUCAUCUCUGAUUAAUUCUAUUCGACAUAUUCAUUUUGAUGGAUCAAAUUCAAAUAGCUAUGAUUUUUUUAAUCAGAAUGAAAAUAUUCAUAAUUAUCCUAAUCUUGAAUCAUUUGUUCUUAAUCAAAUUUAUUUAUCCGAAUUAUUAAUUGAAAAUUUGUCUUUACUUAUUCAAUAUCGAUUAAAGGAACUUACAUUAAUCUUAGAUGAAGAUAUUUUUAAAGUAUUUCGUCUUGAAGAUAAACCUUAUAUUAUGGUUUCUAGUCAAGUAAAAAAGCGAUUGCUGAUGUUCAAAGAUCUUUUAAAUGAAAUAUUUUCUGAAAAAUGUCAAUUAAUUAGUCUUCGGCUUGAUAUUCCCCGCGAUCAUUCUUAUUUGAAUAUUCACCAAUGUUUAUCGUCCUCUGCAAUUUCAAACACAAUUAAAAUUCAAUAUUGUUGUAUGACUCUUCGUUAUGUAGACAUUCGUCUACAUUAUGCAUGUCUUAUUGAACAUCUUAUUGAACAUGUGCCCAAUCUUGAACGAUUAUCAGUUUAUCUUCGGGAAUCGUGGAACAGAAAUAAGUUGUGGGAUUUAACCAUUGGACCAUUUGAAGAAUCGGAUACAAUGCCUGUUAAUAAAAAAUUUGACGUAAAAAGAUUAAAAUAUUUUAUUCUAAAGUGUGGAGUUAAUUAUGAUCGUCAAUUAAAUUAUUUAAAAUGGUUUUUUAACAAUUUGAGUAAUGUUGAAAAAAUGAAAAUUCGUCUUAGAAUAAAUGGAGUUUGCAAGAAAAGUCCAAUAAUAAAUGAGUCAAUUGUUGAUGCGAAUUUUAUAAGAAAAUAUUUAAUGAGCGAUACAAUAAAUAAUUUAAUUCAUUUCAAUUUUUAUAUUAUUUCUAUAUGUAAAUUCUUAUCAAAUUAUACUGAAAGAACAAUUAAUUCAUUUAAAAUUCAUCCUUUUUUCAUUGAACGUCAAUGGACAAAUGUUAAAUGUUUAUUUGAUCCAAUUAAAUUUUAUCAGCAUCUUUCGUCUUCACCGUCUUGUAUCAAUAAUCUAUCAGAAUAUUUUCCUGAUUUAAUUUCUUAUUCGGAUAUAUUUUUUUGGCCAAAUCUCAAAUAUAUUGAAGCAAAUUUUCAUGAAAAAGUUCAUUUAUAUCUCGAACGACUCAAUGAAUUAUUUCCAAAUGUUUCAUGUAUUAAAUUUGAUAUGGGUUCUCAAACAUAUUGUGACAAUUCAAUAGUACCAUUCAAAAUGGAACAACAUAAACUAACAGAUAUUCACUUGCGAUACGUGACAAGAUUCGAUUUUGGAUUAUAUUUUUCUCGUGGAUUCGGAUCUAAUGGUUCGUGCGACGAUCAAAAUAAAGAACGCGCAAAAAUACUUGCACCUCUCAUUUCAAUGCCUGUUCAACUCAGUUAUCUUCGAAUCGAACAAUUUGAAUGGCUUCUACAUAUUAUUCAAUAUGCAUUCGAUGAAUUAGAAGAGAACGCAUUAAUUAACGUACGAUAUCUGGAAUUUUGUGUUCCUAGUUGUACUUAUGGCGAAAAUGAAACAGUUCUUCUUGGAAAAAAUCUUGUACCGUUUCUUAGUAAAUAUAUGCCUUAUUUACAAACAUUGUGUCUUUGGAAACGAGAUGAUUUUCCUUGGUCAUCCAUGGAAAGUUUGAAUGGAGAAAAAUUCUCUGGACAAUCUCCUGAUAUUAGUCAAAAGCCACAUUUUUAUAGACGGAGUGGAAUUUUAGCUCGACGAUGGUUAAAAUAUUUAAAAACAACUGAAUCAAUAAAUCAGCAUGCAACCCGUUUUGAAGAAGAUCUUUGUGAAUUAGUCGAACAAUUGAAACAAUUGGUUUAUCUAGAUAUUCAUGGCGAAAUCAAUGACGAAAAACUCGAAUCUUACCGAUUGAUGGUUCAAAAACGUUUUUCGGACGCACAUUUUUCUAUUGAAAAAUCAAGAUUUCGUCUUUGGAUAUGA